CCCUCUGCCCGGACACCUGGAUCUUGGGCCUGACUCCGCCUCCUGCCCGGAGGUCUGGAUUCCUAAGUCAGACACCUCCUCCUGCUCGGACGCCUGGGUCCUUGCCGCAGACGCCUCCUGCCGGCCGAAACUCAGAUGACCAUCAGUCCCUUCAGGGCCUCGGGUCCCUGCAGGAGGGCUCACCCGGCGCCAGACUACCCAGCUGACGGCUCUCAGCACUCAGACACUGGCUCCCUUCCUGCUAGCCCAGACUCAGGGUUCCUGGUCUCGACCUCCGACCCCAGUCAGCCGCUGCGAGCCUUACCGCUUGCCCAGCGCCCCAGAAUCCUGAGUGCCCUCCCGGACGCCUGGUGCCCACGGCGUGGCCCUCUACUCACCUCCCGGGACCGGGCGCGGCCGGGCCCCGGAGAGGCUCCGCUCGGGUCCAGGCUGCGCAGGGUGUAUGCAGACCCCGAGAAGCCCCCACGGCCGCGGGAGAAGCGACGUAAAGGAGCUCGAGGCUUUGGGCGGGGAGCCCUGCUCCGCAUGAACAUCUGGCCAGCUGUCCGAGGGGCCUGCAAACAGCUGAAGCUCUGUGAGCAUUGUGUGGAGGGGAACAGAGCACACAACCUCUCUGGCUGCGUGUGGCAGCAGUGUCAGCCGGAGGAGCCAGGACACUGUGUGGCCCAAGCCGAGGUGGUCAAGGAAGGUUGCUCUGUCUACAACCGCUCAGAGUCAUGUCCAGCUGUGCAUCACCACCCCACUUAUGAACCGAAGACCAUCACAACAGAGAGCCCCUCGGUCCCUGAGGCCCACGGCCCUGGCUUUGAUGGGGCCAGCUUCAUUGGUGGCGUCGUGCUGGUGCUGAGCCUGCAGACAGUGGCCUUCUUUGUCUUGCGCUUCCUCAAGGCCAAGGACAGCACCUACCAGACACUCAGGGAGGAGAACCAGUAGGUGACAGCACAGGCAGCCUUCAGCCUGCAGCUCUGUGGCCACGGGCAGGAGCCUGGGCCAUGUGUGCGGUUUGGUUUUCCUCCGAGAAGGGAGCUGCUCUGAGGCCGCCGUGUGCUGUGGCCCCAUGUGUGCUGUGGGGCGGAUCGCUGCAGCCUCCAUUAAAGUGUUUGCUCUUUUGACCGCCGCCUGCUCUCUGAGGGUGGGCGUCCUUGGCCUGGCUGAGGUGGGACCACUGCCCUGAGUGCCCUCUCUGUCUGGCCUCUGCAGAAUCUGACCCCCUUCAGGCCUGGAUUCCACACUCAGGGGAAAAAGGAUGAAGAGGCUGCCCUCUUGGCCUGCUUGUGGGCGCUAGGGGUGGGAGAAACUUUGGUCACCAAAUUCUGGCCCCUGUGGGCACCGAGCAGGCUUGGUGCCCAAUACCUGACAUCCCCUCCUGUCUGGGCCUGGUACCUGCAGAUGAGAGCAUCCUUCAACCACCUCCUGUCUCAUCCAUCAUCCCUGCGGGCCCCCUGCCUGGCACUAGGUCUAGAGCCUGCCUCCUCCCAUCAACCUGGCCUGGACACUGCCCCCAAAUAAAGGAGCUC